AUGGGGAUGCAAGGAUGUAGAGGAGCAAAGGGGGAGAAGAGGCCUCGUGAGGAGAGGUGGUGUGAGACCCGCGGAGGCGCCGGCCAAGGAACGGCGCAUGGAGAAGCGGGCGGCGCGACCCGCCGGGUGCUGGCCAUUCAGGCCCGAAAGCGGAGGCCGAAAAGAGAGAAACAUCCGAAAAAGCCGGAGCCUCAACAGAAAGCUCCCUUGGUUCCUCCACCCCCGCCCCCUCCACCGCCACCGCCUCUGGCAGACCCUGCGCCCCCGGAGCCAGAGGAGGAGAUCCUGGGGUCAGACGAUGAGGAGCAGGAGGACCCCGCAGACUACUGCAAAGGUGGCUAUCAUCCAGUGAAAAUUGGAGACCUCUUCAAUGGCCGGUAUCAUGUUAUUAGGAAGCUAGGAUGGGGACACUUCUCUACUGUCUGGCUGUGCUGGGAUAUGCAGGGAAAAGGAUUUGUUGCAAUGAAAGUUGUAAAAAGUGCCCAGCAUUAUACAGAGACAGCCUUGGAUGAAAUAAAAUUGCUCAAAUGUGUUCGAGAAAGUGAUCCCACUGACCCAAAUAAAGACAUGGUGGUACAGCUAAUCGAUGACUUCAAAAUUUCAGGCAUGAAUGGAAUACAUGUCUGCAUGGUCUUCGAAGUGCUUGGCCACCAUCUCCUCAAGUGGAUCAUAAAAUCCAACUACCAAGGCCUCCCAGUACGUUGUGUGAAGAGCAUUAUUCGACAGGUCCUUCAGGGGUUAGAUUAUCUACACAGUAAGUGCAAGAUCAUUCAUACUGACAUAAAGCCGGAAAACAUCUUGAUGUGCGUGGACGAUGCAUAUGUGAGAAGGAUGGCAGCCGAGGCCACUGAGUGGCAGAAAGCGGGCGCUCCUCCUCCUUCGGGGUCUGCAGUGAGUACUGCUCCACAGCAAAAACCUAUAGGAAAAAUAUCUAAAAACAAAAAGAAAAAACUGAAAAAGAAGCAGAAAAGGCAGGCUGAGUUAUUGGAAAAGCGCCUGCAGGAAAUAGAAGAAUUGGAGCGAGAAGCUGAAAGGAAAAUAAUAGAAGAAAACGUCACAUCAGCUGUACCUUCCAAUGAGCAAGAUGAUGAAUACCACCCAGAGGUGAAACUAAAAACAGCAGGAUUAGAGGAGGCAGCCGAGGGUGAGACUGCGAAUAACAACGGUGAAGCUGAGGACCAGGAGGAGAAAGAAGACACUGAGAAAGAAAACACUGAGAAAGAUGAAGACGAUGUUGAACAGGAACUCGCGAACGUAGACCCUACUUGGAUAGAAUCACCCAAAACCAAUGGCCAUAUUGAGAAUGGCCCCUUCUUACUGGAACAGCAGCUGGAUGAUGAAGACGAUGAUGAGGAAGAUUGCCCAAACCCCGAGGAAUAUAACCUCGAUGAGCCGAAUGCAGAGAGCGAUUACACAUAUAGCAGCUCCUACGAACAAUUCAAUGGUGAAUUGCCAAAUGGACGACAUAAAAUUUCUGAGUCCCAGUUUCCAGAGUUUUCCACAUCCUUGUUCUCUGGGCCCUUAGAACCUGUGGCUUGUGGCUCUGCACUUUCUGAGGGAUCCCCGCUUACCGAGCAUGAGGAAAGCAGUCCAUCCCAUGACAGAAGCAGGACAGUUUCAGCCUCCAGCACUGGGGAUUUGCCAAAAACAAAGACCCGGGCAGCCGACCUGUUGGUGAAUCCCUUGGACCCACGGAAUGCAGAUAAAAUUAGAGUUAAAAUUGCCGACCUGGGAAACGCUUGUUGGGUGCAUAAACACUUCACAGAAGACAUCCAGACGCGUCAGUAUAGAUCCAUAGAGGUUUUAAUAGGAGCAGGUUACAGUACCCCUGCUGACAUUUGGAGUACGGCGUGUAUGGCAUUUGAGCUGGCAACGGGAGAUUAUUUGUUUGAACCGCAUUCUGGGGAAGACUAUUCCAGAGACGAAGACCACAUAGCCCACAUCAUAGAGCUGCUAGGCAGUAUCCCAAGGCACUUUGCUCUAUCUGGAAAAUAUUCUCGGGAAUUCUUCAAUCGCAGAGAUCACAUAGCAUUGAUCAUUGAACUGCUGGGGAAAGUCCCUCGAAAAUACGCUAUGUUGGGGAAAUAUUCCAAGGAGUUUUUCACCAGAAAAGGAGAGCUGCGACACAUCACCAAGCUGAAGCCCUGGAGCCUCUUUGAUGUACUUGUGGAAAAGUAUGGCUGGCCCCAUGAAGAUGCUGCACAGUUCACAGAUUUCCUGAUCCCAAUGUUAGAAAUGGUUCCAGAAAAACGAGCCUCAGCUGGCGAAUGCCUUCGGCAUCCUUGGUUGAAUUCUUAGCAGAUUCUGCACACACGCAUUCUGAGCUGGCACAUGUUGUCCAGUGCAUUGGCCCUAAAGGGGGACUCUCGUUCUUAACAGGAUUACAAGUGAGCUGGCUUCAUCCUCAGACCUUUUAUUUUGCUUUGAGGUACUGUCGUUUGACAUUUUGCUUUUUGUGCACUGUGAUCCUGGGGAAGGGCGAUCUUUUGUCUUCAGCUUAGUAGUUACUGACCCACUUUACUUCUGGAAACAAUAACAUGUCUCUAAGCAUUGUUUCUUGUGUUGUGUGACAUUCAAAUGUCAGUUUUUUUGAACGAAAAAUACUUUCCUCCUUGUGUUUUGGCAGGUUUUGUAACUAUUUAUGAAGAAAUAUUUUAGCUGAGUACUAUAUAAUUUACAAUCUUAAGAAAUUAUCAAGUUGGAACCAAGAAAUAGCAAGGAAAUGUACAAUUUGAUCUUCUGGCAAAGGGACAUCAUUCCUGUAUUAUAGUGUAUGUAAAUGCACCCUGUAAAUGUUAAUUUCCAUUAAAUAUGGGAUGGGGACUCAAAUUUCAGAAAAGCUACCCAGUCUUGAGUGCUUUGUAGCCGAAGUUGCAUGUAAUGGGCGUUCACUACUCCGAGCAGCUGUGCACACUUUCAUUCCAUGACUGUCCCUUUGCUUCGGAUUUUAAACAACUGGCUCUGGGUUAUAUCAUUCCCUAUAUGGCACUUUAUGCAAAGAAAAGACAUGCUUCUCAUUCUAAAAUACGUAUUUAUAGUUUAGCACUCCCAUUCACUCACAUUUUUGCAUAUUUUAAAUUAAAGGUACUUUUAAGGAAAAAGAGCAAUUUCCCUUUAAAAAUGUGGUAGCCUGGUACCAUGUGGUGUUGCCUCCUCCAAGCCCUGUAAAUUAAACUCUACAUAGAUUAAAUUGGACAAGAGAAACAUGUUCAGUGUGUGGAAUGAAAAAAUAUACGUAUAUUUUUUGGAAAAGCUUGCUCGUGUUUGUCUAGAACCAAGGUAUGAUAUGUACAGUUUGCAGUGCAGUGGGCAGAAUACUAACAUCUCAGAGGUAACAGGGAUUGCAUUCAUUCCAGAGACAGUUUCGUGUGUGGCUACAACACAUUUUACAAGCUUUUUCAUUGUCUUUCCAUGCAUUGAAGUUGAGAAAAUGAUUUUUUCCCUUUGCAAGUUGCACACAAUUUUGUUUAUGCAUUUCCUUAAAACUGUAGAAUCCAGAACACAAACCAUAGUAGGCAAUACAAUUUUAGAAUGUAAUAUAUAGAGGUACAUUUAGCCUCUUUUAGAAAUCAGUGGAUUGAAUUUUUUUGUUUUACAUUCCUCAAGGUGCCUCGUUUUUCUUGACUUUGUCCAUUAACAUUUAUCCAUAUGCCUUUGCAAUAACUAGAUUGUGAAAAGAUAACAAGUGUUGUAACAAUAAUCCAUUGUUUGAGGUGCUUGCAGUUGUCUUAAAAAUUAAAGUGUUUUGGGUUUUUUUUCCCAGACAUUGCCUUGGUCAUUGGCCUAUAUUUGAAGUGAUAGAAUCAAUAAACAUUUGCUAUCCUUUUAAUGUAGUGUAACCAGAACUAAAGGAAGUGUCAGCAUUCCUGUAGCAGGAAAUGUAGUUGUAGAACAUGCAUUAAGGCUUAAUACGAGGAAAACAUUCAUUGUUUUGUAAGGGUAGGAUAUGGAUCUAGAAAAGAUGCUGUAGUAUAGAUCCAUUACCUAGAAUUUCUGUGAACCUUUUUAAUUCAUGUUUCAUCAAAAACAUACUAGUUACAUUUUGUUUGCACAUUGUCAGUUUUUUUUUUUUUUUUUUCUUUUUAACAGUAUUCACUGUGAGGGAACAAGACACGUAAUCCUCUUAGGAGUUAGCAUUAGAUCGUAUCGCUGUGAGGUGGAAGAUACCAUUCAUUUAUGAAAUGUGCAUGCUAAGUUUUUCUGCUGAGGCUGUAGGUGACCUUGUAGGUUCUGUGAAAGAUAGUGGCUGUGGACCAGUGAUGCCAUCCAGAAUUUGCACAGGAACCAUUCUCACGAGAACCACGGAGUUCAUGUAUGUCUUCCCUAAGUCCGUAAGAAUUUUUAUCAGGGUUAUGACACACUUGAAUGAAAUUUGUCUAAUACAGUUUUGGCUCAUGUUAGAAAAUAAUCCAGAUAAUUACGAAUUUUGUAAGGAUCUCUCAUUUAGGAUAAAAUAGCCUAACUAGUUUAUAAAUGUAAAAGCAAUUGUUCUAGAAGGAAUAUACAUUUGUAUUAGGUAUGGUAUGGUUUUUAGCAGAUUCUUGGUGGCUUGAUGAUGAUGAAUGCAUAUAAGCUAAACGAGAACCACUGGUUAUGCAAAACACUAUAGCCAGCUCAAGUGAUUUUAGUUGAAUGUCCUAUCUUUUCCUUUCUCUAGUCCAUGUGAAGUCAUCAUGGAAAAUGACAAGCAGUGGAUCACAUAUGUGAUUCUAGCAGAUUCAGAAGCUGGCUGUCUGGAAAUUAGAACUGCCCCAAGGCAGAGGAAAAGUGGAUAUAAUAGGAGCUUCAAAAAAGCAUUAGCUUUCUAGGUGAAAACUGAUUUACUAACUUGCUUCUUCCCGUACUUGGAUCAUCCAUAGCUAGUUAACAGCUGGGGUAGAGAACUUCAGUUUGUAUCUGCUGGUGAAAUUACUUCUUAAAUUCGUUUUCUCCCAUUAAUUUUUUUAGAAAUUAAUGCAGUUUACAGAAAAGCUUCCAUAUACAUUAUUUGUAUUGUAGGCAAAUCUAAAACUAUGAGGAAUUAAAAUCUUUAGGACAGUCCUUUUAAAGAGGUGUGAAUAUUAAUAGUUCACUAUGCUAGUUAACUUUGUCUUCUGUUUGAAACUAUCGGGGGGGGGUGGUGGUGGUGGCGGCGGUGGAUGACUGGAUGAUGUAAAGCCACUUCUUCGUGGACACGUAUUUCUUUUGCAAAUACCGUAAGUAGAAUCUUGUUUGAUAAGCAAGGAUGGCAAAGUUGACCCAAGUUCUUCUAAAACUUGAUUAGGAUUGAGCCCUAAACACAGCUGUGUUAAUGUAGCUGUUUUCAAAAGGAAAUGGAAAUUAAAAGUGUAAAACAUGACAUACUACUGCCAAUCUUAAGUCAUUUU